ACUGCCCGCCCGCGUCACGAUCAUGAGCGCGGUGUGCGAUUGGCCGCGGCUGAUUUCAUUGUCUGGCCCGGAGAGCAGGAGAAUUCAGCUGAAUUGAUAUCCGUCUGAUUUCGUCGCAAAAAAGCUGAGGAAUCGCGAAGUGCAAGGUGGAGCAGCAGUCUUGACUUGCAAAGUUAUCCUCGAUCGAAUGUGACAGCAGGGUCAGGAGCCAAACAGAAUGGGGGAUUGUCCACAGAUGAAUCUACGUUCUAUAUUCACAGAGGAUCAACAACGAGUAUUGCAGCGUUAUUAUGACAGUGGAAUGAGAAAUCAGAGUAAAAAUUGCUUUGGAUUAAUUAUACAGUGUGCUCGUGAAACAGGUUUAGAUUUUAAUGUAGUCAGGACUUGGAUUGGGAAUAAAAGAAGGAAAUUGAACUCGACAAAGUACAGCUUGGAUGAUGCACAACCCACACAGGGCCCGGCGAGUAAUGGCAUACUGGGAAAAUCUGAGACCCCUGUGAAAAAUACCGGCCUUGUCUCUCCAUCCCAGUGCCAGCAAACUAUUCUAACGCCACCGUGCAGAAACGUCAUGGUGACUGGUGUGUUUACGUCCAAUCAUUCUGUAAGUAGACAAGGGUUGCCUCACCAGAAGGAUGGCCACAGGUGUGACGCUUCCAACCUCACACCCAGGACGACUGGGCGAAACAUUGCAGAAAUGGAAUCCCAGCACGUCUCCGGUCAAAGACAACCUGUCGCUAAGAACCCUCCAACUCCUGGGUCGAGACCUUUAAACCUCCACAGUCCCACCAACGCCAUGUACACGACCAGCGCAAAAAAUUACAGUCCUGUUUACGUUCAGUCUGAAGUGAACAGAGUACAGACAGCAACGUCCAGGUCAGUCGGAGGAUGGCCAAAGCAGUUCAGUUCGACCAUUGGGGAGUGUCCUCGCAAACUCAGUUCUGAGCCUCCUUUCUCGAGAAGUAGUAUGUCCACCUGUGUUUCCGAUGCAAAGGUUACAAGGAAUACAGGAGACCCUGGUGUCAGCUCUCUGCAGAUUCGCGAUGUCUACUCUCUGGCGGGGAGCGAGCACUCGCCGAAGACCAGAAACAACAAUGUAUUUCGGAACUCCUGCCAAAUGGAGAGUGGGUGCUUUUCCAUCGCCAUGGAAACUGGAGAUGUUGAUGAGUACGCCAGGGAGGAGGAGCUUGCGUCGAUGAGCUCAGAGAUGAAGAAUGCACGGCUUUCUGAACUCAAUACGUCAAAAGAAAUGGAGUGCUCGAGCACACCUGUGGUGACGCCUGCGAGGCAUGUUGGCUCCGGCUCGUUACAGGCCAGUGCAAGGGAUGCGUCUGGAAGUGUCUACUACACCGGUGGAGAAUUCAGGGCGCCGGGGACGGCAUUGACCUUGUACAACAAUUCCAAUUCAUCAGAGGACUCGUUGAAUCACCGCCUUCCAUCAACUAGAAACCAAAGACCAACUCCCAGUCAAGGAAACUAUCAGGUGUCGGGAACUCUUCUAUUACCUUGUCUAACUGGAAACUCAAGGAAAAGAACACUGCAGGAUCGCACACAGUUUAGUGAGAGUGAUGUGGCUGUUCUGAAAAAAUAUUGGGAUGUGGGUAUGACCAGCCUGGGGUCAAUAUGCAGAGAGAAAAUAGAAGCAGUCGCAAUGGAGUCAAAUGUGGACUGUGAGAUUGUCAAGACCUGGAUCGGAAACCGUCGAAGGAAGUACCGGCAGCUGGGCAUCGAGCUGCCCCCCGCUCGCGGUGGACCAGCCGACUUCGCCGGUCUGUCGACUUCCAGCUCCCCUGCGUUCUCUGAAGUCAAGGCCGAAUCCGCCAAGUCUCCUGGAAACUCCGAACACAACGACAAGAUCAACGAUGACGCCAGCUUGUCUGAAGGUGUUCCAAGUGAACAAAGGGAGGAAGAAGAGGAGGAAGAGGAGGAGGAAGCUAUAGAAGAGAAUGGAGAUGGAGGAAGUAUUAGCGACGGAUCUUGCAGUAUUCCAACAUUAGAAAAAGUGAAAAUGGAGAUACUUGAUGAUGAUGCAGUUGAGAUGAACAGUUGUGAUCACAUAACACUGGAAGUCGAACAGCUUCAAAAACUACUGAGCCUCAAGAACGACGAAAUGAAGUACCUUGAAAACGAGUUGGCGAAACAAAAACAGAAAUACCUCCGCCUUCGGCACUUCACCACGAAUUUGAUUCAUGCAGUGAAAACAGAUGAUGCUGAACAGCAACGGAUGCUGCUGACAAAUGUGCCUCCUGACACUGAACGUAACUUGGAUUCACCUGGCAAAUGGGAACUGAGCUAAUGAGCUUUCCUCUGUAUCAGAGGAGCAUACUUAGCACCAGAGCAUUUUUGGAAGUGGUAAAGACUUGUUUUAAAAUUAUUUGUAUCAUUGUUAACUAUUUUGCAUCUUUAAAAAUAAAACUGCUUAUGCUACAGUGUGAUCACAAGAUGAAACAAUUGUAGAAUAAAACAGAUUUUGUUAG